UUCAGUGAGAGGAAUGAGAAAAUGAGACACUUUUAUUGUGGUUGGACAAAGGACAAGGAGUUUCCCAAUAAGAAGGCAACCCUUGAGAGAAGUAUUUCUGUGUCAACAGGCAGGAUUUCUCUUCCAGUUAUCAAACAUUCAGAAAAACCUGGGUUAAAAAUCCCUGUUUUCUCAUUCAGGGUAUAUGACUCAGAUAAGAUUUUUAAUAACUGUUUUAGAUUCAGUUUCCAAUCUGUAACAUAAGGAUUUUAAGAAGAAACAUUCUAUGUAAAAUACAGAGUGUGCCGUAUGGCAAAAACGUACUUUAAAACGUGUUACCUAUUUUUAUUAAGUUGUCUUAAAGAUCUCCUAAAUUAAAUCAGUGUGGUAUAAUAUGUUUACUUCCGGAGUCAUAUUCCAGCAGUAUCCAUGAAUAAUCUUCUAAUCCUUCUAUCUGUGUUUUUCCCUCUAGAUUAUACAAGAGAAGAAAAAUAUGAGAAACCACACAGAAAUAACAGAGUUUAUCCUCCUGGGAUUGUCAGAUGACCCACAGCUUCAGGUGGUGAUCUUUGUCUCUCUGCUCAUCACCUACAUGCUCAGCAUCACUGGCAACCUGACCAUUAUCACCCUUACCCUGCUGGAUUCCCACCUCCAGACCCCCAUGUAUUUCUUCCUCAGAAACUUCUCCUUAUUAGAGGUUUCAUUCACAACUGUCAGCAUACCCAAGUUCCUGGGCACUAUGAUUACAGGAGAUAAAACCAUUUCCUUUAAUGAUUGUAUGACUCAGUUUUUUUUUUUCAUUCUCUUGGGAGUCACUGAAUUUUGCCUUCUGGCCGCCAUGUCCUAUGACCGUUACAUUGCCAUCUGCAAACCUCUGCAUUACAUGACCAUCAUGAAUCACAGAGUCUGCAUACUCCUUGUCUUUGCUUCAUGGCUAAUGUCAUUCUUAAUCAUAUUCCCAUUACUUAUGCUGUUCAUACAGCUUGAUUACUGUAGGUCCAAUAUUAUAGACCAUUUUACCUGUGAUUAUUUCCCCUUACUACACCUUUCUUGUUCAGACACAAAAUUCCUAGAGAUUGUGGGUUUUUCCUGUGCUGUGCUUACUCUAAUGUUCACUUUGGCGUUAAUAGUUCUGUCCUACAUAUAUAUCAUCAGAACAAUUUUGAGGAUUCCUUCUGCUAGUCAGAGGACAAAGGCCUUUUCCACCUGUUCUUCCCACAUGAUUGUCAUCUCCAUCUCCUAUGGCAGCUGCAUUUUCAUGUAUAUUAAUCCAUCAGCAAAAGACAGAGUGUCUCUGAGCAAGGGAGUUGCUGUGCUAAACACCUCAGUGGCCCCCAUGCUGAACCCGUUUAUUUACAGCCUAAGGAAUCAGCAAGUCAGGCGAGCCUUCAUGGACAGGGCAAGAAAGAUUGUAUUCUUCUCAAGAAAAUGA